AUGAAUAUCGCCGUUCCAGACCCAGGCUACUGGCUGAAGGACAUGCCUCGUCAAGGCCGUUCGCCUUUCAACCCAGACCCCGGAUAUCAAGUCUUCCGCAAUGUAAAGGACUUUGGCGCCAAAGGUGACGGCGUUACGGAUGACACCGUAGCCAUCAACACGGCCAUGGCUUCUGGGGGUCGAUGCGCACCGGGCGCUUGCCAGUCCUCGACCAUAACUCCAGCGAUCCUGUACUUCCCUGCUGGUACUUAUCUGGUUUCCGGCUCGAUCGUUAUGUACUACAACACUCAGCUCAUCGGCAAUCCAAACUCGCUUCCCGUCCUCAAGGCUACGUCAAACUUCCAAGGGUUUGGAGUGAUAGACGGUGAUGAAUAUGUGGGAGCGAAUGAGGGAUGGUUAUCGGUGGGUGUCUUCUGGCGAUCAGCUAGGCACUUGAAGAUCGACUUGACAGCUAUUCCUCCUGCGACUGGUGCGACUGGUAUCCACUGGCCGACUGGGCAAGCUACUAGUCUUCAAGAUAUCCAGAUCAUCAUGACUGCUUCGAGUGCAUCCACUCAUCAAGGACUCUUUAUCGAAGAUGGAUCUGGUGGCUACAUCGGUGAUCUUACCAUCACUGGCGGUUUGUAUGGAAUGAACAUAGGGAAUCAGCAAUUUACCAUGCGGAACAUUGCCAUCUCGAACGCUAUCGUCGGUAUCUCGCAAAUUUGGAAUUGGGGCUGGCUUUAUUCAGGUCUAACCAUCUCAAACUGCGGCACUGCAUUCUCUAUGAGCAACGGAGGGACCUCAUCUCAGAGUGUAGGGUCUGUUACCAUUAUUGAUAGCACGAUCACGAACUGCCCGGCCUUCAUCGACACAGCUUGGACUCCCAACGCGUCUCCGGCUACUGGCGGGAGUCUAAUUCUGGAGAAUAUUGUACUCAGCAACGUACCAACCGCCAUCAGGGGACCAAAUAUGGCCACAGUCCUCUCCGGCGGGACUACGACUAUUGCUGCUUGGGGACAGGGCCACAGGUACACAUCUCAAGGCCCAACAGAAUGGCAAGGAACCUUUACUCAAGUCACUCGACCCGGCUCGCUCCUCGACGGCAACGGCCGGUACCACAUCAAGUCCAAGCCUCACUACUGGGAGUGGACAGUGUCCCAGGUAAUGAGCAUUCGUGACGCGGGCGCCAAAGGCGACGGAGUAUCCGACGACACUCAGGCGAUUCAGGCCGCUCUUAACGCCGCUGCUUCGGCGGGCAAGAUUCUUUACUUCAACUAUGGGGUCUACAAGGUUAGCAACACGAUCAAAGUCCCAGCUGGGUCCCGCAUCGUCGGUGAGACCUAUCCCGUGAUCCUGGCGAGCGGAGGCCCAUGGGGUAGCGCCACCAAUCCCGUACCUGUUGUAAAGAUUGGCAACCCCGGUGAAUCCGGUAGGAUCGAGUGGCAAGACAUGAUCGUCAGCACUCAAGGGCCAGCUCCCGGUGCGGUCCUGAUCGAAUGGAACCUCGCGGCUUCACGUGAUUCGGGAAUGUGGGAUGUCCAUACUCGUAUCGGCGGUUUCCAGGGCUCCAACCAACAGGUUGCCCAGUGCCCGAUCCAAGUUCCAGUUUCUGGCAACUGUAUGGCCGCGUAUAUGUCCAUGCACAUCACGACAUCCGGAACCGGUGCAUACCUCGAGAACUGCUGGUUUUGGACUGCCGACCACGACAUCGACGAUAGCAAGAGCACGCGGGUUUCAGUCUAUACUGGCCGUGGAUUACUCGUUGAGGCAUCUGGAGUGUGGCUCUGGGGGACCGCCGUUGAGCAUCAUUCACUGUACCAGUAUCAAUUCGCCAACGCCCACGAGAUCUUCGCCGGCUUCAUCCAAACCGAGUCUCCAUACUACCAGCCAGCACCUGACGUCCACAACUCGCCGUACCCAACAACUCAGGCUAUCAACGACCCGACAUACGCCAACUGCCUGCCCGGCAAUUGCGACGCCCUCGGUCUCCGUGUGCUCAACUCCAAGAACAUCUAUGUCUAUGGAGCGGGGCUGUACUCGUUCUUCAACAACUACAGCACGCAGUGCAGCAACAAGCCCACUGACGGCGGCACUAAGGACUGCCAGAGCGAGUUGUUUAGCGUCGAGGGCUCCACGGACCAUUUCUGGAUGUACGGUCUCAAUACCAUCGGCACGAUAAAUAUGGUCGUGCAAGACGGAAUGAGCUUGGCGAAGUGGAGCGACAAUGCGAACGAUUACUCAGAUACCAUUGCCCUGUUCACGUAUCGCACUUGA